AUGUCAUAUACCAUGGAUUCUACUCCACUUAUUGGCCAUAAUGCUAUGCAAAAGAACAUCUACAUCCGCGUCGAAGGUGUUGAUGCAGGAACAUUCCCAAUUGAUGCAAAAUCAGAAUAUGUAGCAUGUGUAGGACCAAGAGCUACAUAUAGACAACAUAAAUGCGACUUCCCAGUUGGCGGAAAGCCAAACAAUGUCUGGAAUUUCAGAUAUACAGAUGCUUACAGAUCUUCCUUCUUCGUUGCUUUGUACAAGAAGAGAAUUUUCGGUGGUAAUAUAUUAAUUGGAGAGCUUGAGCUUAACGUUGCUCAGUUCAAGCCAAACGUCAUCACAACCCAGAUUGUGACAUUAAAGAGUGCAGAAAUCAAAUAUCUCCCACCGAGAGUAAGAAUUUCUGUUCACAUAUCCGAAAACGGCGCUCAGAAAUUCUGUGCCCCAUUUAAUUCAAUUAACAUUCCUGUUAACCCUGCUCCAAAAGGUGUUGCUUAUUACUAA